CGCUAGCAGUACAGUACAACACAAUACACACAGACCUACAGCUACAGCGUCACUAGAAUCAGUCAUAAGUUGAGGAUGGACAUGAUAGCGUUGUCUGGAGCGUUGGUUUUAGCCUUUGUUGUUGUCAUAAACUUCUCCGUCCAUAAAAUUGAAGAGGGUCAUGUGGGAGUUUAUUACAGAGGUGGAGCCCUCCUGUCUCACACAAGCCCCCCAGGGUUCCAUAUGAUGGUGCCUUUCAUCACAACAUACCGUUCAGUGCAGGUCACAUUGCAAACAGAUGAAGUGAAAAAUGUACCUUGUGGGACCAGUGGAGGUGUGAUGAUUUAUUUUGAUCGAAUCGAGGUGGUCAACAUUUUAAAUCGAGACAGUGUAUACGAUAUCGUGAGAAAUUACACGGCUGACUAUGACAAAACUCUCAUCUUCAACAAAGUUCAUCACGAGCUCAAUCAAUUCUGCAGUGGGCAUUCCCUUCAUGAGGUUUACAUAGAUUUGUUCGACCAAAUUGAUGAGAACCUGAAGACUGCUCUACAGCGAGAUUUGAACGAGAUGUCGCCAGGCCUACAGGUCCACUCUGUCAGAGUCACUAAGCCCAAGAUUCCUGAAGCUAUUCGGAAAAACUACGAGCUAAUGGAAGCUGAGAAGACAAAACUGUUGAUCUCCAUUCAACAUCAGAAAGUGGUCGAGAAAGAUGCGGAAACUGAACGCAAGAAAGCAAUCAUCGAGGCAGAGAAAGUGUCACAAGUAUCCAAGAUACAGUUUGAUCAGAAAAUAAUGGAGAAGGAAUCUUUGCAGAAAAUGUCUGAAAUUGAAGAUGCAAUGCAUGUCGCCACUCAGCGUAGUAGAGCGGACGCAGACUUUUAUCAGAUGAAGACGCAAGCUGAGUCCAAUGCGUUGCUGCUGACUCCGCAAUACCUGGAGCUGAAGAGGUAUGAAGCUAUCGCCAACAACACCAAGAUGUUCUUCGGGACAGAGAUACCAAAAGUGUUCUGGCCACAAGUAAUGGCGCCCUAGUUGCUCAAAUCAUGUUGUGUUUCGAGUGUGGUUUGCAAAAACUUGAAGAUAAAUGAGAGACCAUUGGAAUGUUAAUGAGAUUCAAUAACUGUCAUGAGAUCAGGAAGGGCAGUGUUAAAUGCCCAUGUACUACUGACUAGUCAUUACUUAUUUCAAUUGAUUCUCGCAGAUUUUAUAUUGUGAAUAUUUCCUUGUUUGUCUAAACUAUUAUACAUGGAGAAGAUUGUUUAGUUAGUAAUAAGUUUUGUACUCAAUGGUUAUUCAUUUAGAUUUUAAAAAGCUAUUUUCUUUAUUUUCACAAAAAGUAGAGCUUAAAGAGCACCAAAUUAAUAAAAAAUAGUACGGGUCGCAAGAAUUCAAAAAAAUUCUUAAGACAUUUUUGUUUUACGUUUUGAGAAAUUAUUUUUUUACUGCAACAUAUUACACUGGCCUUUAUAAUUUUGUUUUAAUCUUCCUUCUAAAUUUAAUUAAGUCAUACUAUAAUUUUAAAUUUCAUUUGUACAAAAAUACAUUAAAAUAAAUAAUGCUACAGGCAUUUAUAAUGUAAUUAAGAAAAUGGCAAAAUAAGAUGUAUUGAUAAUUUCUGUGUUUUGUUUCACCAUUACUGUACGAUUUGUUUUUAGAAGGUGUCUUUGUGUUGACGGUUUUUAAUGUUGGUGUGCCACUACAGCACCGAUAUAUUGAUUGUAUUUGAUGGUCUGCCUCUUAAAUGGGUCAAGUGUCCAACAUUACUAAUGUAAUGUAACAAGUGUACAGUUGAUAUUGAUUCCUUUUGUAAAUUUUGUCUAAUACAUUGUUGUUUUUAAAA